CUAACGCCUGUAAUCCCAGCACUUUGGGAGGCUGAGGUAGGCGGAUCACUUGAGGUCAGGAGUUCGAGACCAGCCUGGCCAAUAUGGUGAAACCCUAUCUCAACUAAAAGAAAAUACAAAAAUUAGCCAGGCGUGGUGACAUGUACCUGUAACCACAGCUGCUUGGGAGGCUGAGGCACAAGAAUUGCUUGAACCUGAGAGGCAGAGGUUGCAGUGAGCCAAGGUCCUGCUGCUACACUUCAGCCUGGGUGACAGAAUGAGACUCUUUCCAAAAAAAAAAGAUAAAAUGUAAAAUUGAAUUCUUCCCUCAUAGGGCCUCCCUUCUCAUACUUGGCAGCCAGGUGGGGCUCCGGCAACUGUCAGGGCCUAGAACAUUCCACCAUUGCAGAAGCUUCACUGGUCAGCCAACUUUUGCGUCCCUGGGGUGGGAGGACGGCAGGCCUCUGACGUACAGAGCCUGACCUUUCACCAUCUGGGGUAGGAGGAAGGCAGAAACGCCCACCCCAGGGAGAGUGAUGAAUCCAUGAGCCAAGUGCUGGGGAAGCCGGUGGUUUACACACCAGCACUAACUGAGCAGUUACUGUAUGCCUGCACUUGUGAACAACUUGAAUUCUCAUUAAUGCUCAUGCUAUUUCCCGGGCUAACUCCCAAGGGAGGAGUUCCGACUGUCCCCUUUGUGCAGAUGAGGAAACCGAGGCCCAGUGGAUCGCAGUGUGGGGUGGGGUCUGACGAGACCCCCAGACCUGCAUUGCAACGGCCUCCAGGGAUUAAGAGGAGCAAUGCCGUGACUUCGACAAGGCACCAUCCUCUGCCUUUGCUUUUACAGUAACGUGCACCAGAAGCAGCUGAGGUCCCGCCCGGGCACUCGGCGGAGAGGCUGCUCCGGGUGGGAGGGAGCCCUGCCCGGCAUGCCACGUGCCACAUGCACAGUGUGGAGAAUUCGAGGAGUGGGUGUUGCCCUCGUGAUGAUGGCCGUGGGCACUGGGCUUUUUACCUGUAAGGUUGAGUGGGUACUGGGCUGUGGGGACAGUGCCUGAGGCGAUGCUGGUGACCCCACCAGCCCUGCAGGCAGGGUGGCCCCGGCUUCUCGUUACCCCCUGGGCCAUUCGGCUGACCUGCCAUGGAACUUCGGGGACAUUUAGAGCGAUCUCACGGCAGGAAGACAGAAUGUUCUGGGCGGGGGGCUCUGGCCCGGGCAUAGCUCUGCCCCGCCCUCCCGCCACCCAGCCGCCUGUGCGGGGCUCACAGGGGCUCACAGCGUAAAACCAGCAGCGCAUUUUGGGGAGCCGAGCGGGCUGUGCGCUUGGAACUGAAGGCUGUGCCAGGGGUGUGUGUCCUCGACAGCGGGAGCCCCAGCCCGUCCGGGAGGUGAGAGAGGCAAAGGCCUCCCAGGGUGUGGCUGGUUCCAGGGGCAGCCCCGGCCCACCCGGCAAGGGCAGGAGAACCAGGCCCCUACCGAUGCCCGGGCAAGAGGACGGGACCCACGCCAUGGUGUAGACUUCUCCCAGGCCUCCCUUCACCCCCCGCCUGCAGGGGUCAGUGAGGGCCCAGGUCGGUGCCUCAGCGUCAAAAAACUGAGAAGCAAAAGGGGCACUGGUGUAAGGGUUAUUGACCCAUAGAGGAACGAUGCCAAUUUAUUUAACUCCCGGAUGAGGUUCUGCGGACUCUGCAAAAGAGGCCGGAGAAGUCGCGCCUGACUCCUCUUGGGCGUGGGAUUUUAUAGAGAAUGAAGGCGUUUGAUUGGCUGUGGAGAAACAGGACGUGGACAGGGGCGAGCUGCAAUUGGUAGGUAGGCGGGAUUUCCGGCGAGCGGGCUGUCCUAUUGGGCAGGUUUUGGCGGGGUUUUCCAACGGCGGGCUAGGUGCCGAGUGCAGAUUCUGGUGACGUAGUUUUCACGCGCGGUGAGGGAUGGGCGUGUCCAAGCUCCGGGCUAGGCAGCCGGCCUUACAAUUGGCACCAGGGAGGCCACGCUGUCUCCCCACGUGACUCACUCCCCGCACAGCCUGGCCACGCCAGCUCACGGGACAUCCACGUGUGCGGGGGUAAGCCCCAGAGCAAAGCCUGCCCAGGCAGGGCCACUGGGGUUUUUGGGUUUCACGUGCACCGUCUCCUGGGGUCCCUCCGCACCCGUGGCCGAGGGCGUCGUGACCCCACACACUCGUCCGCAGGCGUGUGUUGUGUGCACUCAUGGCGCCGCUGGAAGAACCUUCAGCACUUCGGGGAAACCAUUGUCCAUUUGACACCCGGGGGUGCACCGUGAGCCGUCAGACCCGGAUUAUUCUCUAGCGUCCACACGGGCAACAGCGAGACGUCAAAGUGGCGGCUCCUCUGCAGAGUUCAAGCCCCAGUUGACAGGAAGGCUAAGGCCUCAGCGAUGCCGGACUCCCCAGCGGAGGUGAAGACCCAGCCUCGGUCCACACCCCCCAGCAUGCCACCCCCACCGCCUGCCACGUCCCAGGGAGCCACACGCCCCCCCUCCUUCACGCCACACACACAUCGAGAGGACGGGCCUGCAGCGCUGCCGCACGGCCGUUUUCAUGGCUGCUUAAAAUGGGCUAUGGUCUGUCUCUUGAUGAACAGCAGCAGCCCCUCACCAACAGCCGUCAACGGUGCUCCGUCCACACCCAACGGUUUCAGCAAUGGCCCGGCCACCUCGUCCACGGCCUCCCUGUCCACGCAGCACCUGCCCCCGGCCUGCGGGGCCCGGCAGCUCAGCAAGCUCAAGCGUUUCCUCACCACCCUGCAGCAGUUUGGCAGCGACAUCUCUCCAGAGAUCGGGGAGCGCGUGCGCACGCUGGUGCUGGGCCUGGUGAACUCGACGCUGACGAUCGAGGAGUUUCACUGCAAGCUUCAGGAGGCCACCAACUUCCCUCUGCGGCCGUUUGUCAUUCCUUUCCUGAAGGCAAACCUGCCCUUGCUACAGCGGGAGCUCCUGCACUGUGCCCGGCUGGCCAAGCAGACACCCGCCCAGUACCUGGCCCAGCACGAGCAGCUCCUGCUGGACGCCAGCGCCUCCUCCCCAGUUGACUCCUCAGAGCUGCUGCUGGAAGUCAACGAGAACGGCAAGAGGAGGAUGCCCGACAGGACCAAAGAGAAUGGGUCAGACCGUGACCCGCUGCACCCCGAGCACCUCAGCAAACGGCCAUGCACCCUGAACCCUGCCCAGCGCUACAGCCCCAGCAACGGGCCAGCACAGCCCACGCCGCCACCACACUACCGCCUGGAGGACAUGGCCGUGGCCCACCACUUCCGAGACCCCUACCGCCACCCAGAUCCCCAGGAGCUGCGGGAGCGCCAGCGGCCACUCGUGGUGCCUGGGUCCCGGCAGGAGGAAGUGAUCGACCACAAGCUCACAGAGCGUGAGUGGGCAGAAGAGUGGAAGCACCUCAACAACCUCCUGAACUGCAUCAUGGACAUGGUGGAGAAGACGCGGCGCUCACUCACGGUGCUGCGCCGGUGCCAGGAGGCUGACCGUGAGGAGCUCAACCACUGGGUGCGGCGCUACAGCGAUGCAGAGGACGUGAAGAAGGGCCCCACUCCCGCCACCACCCGGCCCCGCAGCAGCUCUGCCGGCCCUGAAGGGUCUCAGCUAGACAUCCCCCGGGAGUUCCUGCCGAGGACCCUCACCGGCUACAUGCCUGAGGACAUCUGGAGGAAGGCAGAAGAGGCGGUGAAUGAGGUGAAGCGCCAGGCCAUGUCAGAGCUGCAGAAAGCCGUGUCGGAUGCAGAGCGCAAAGCACACGAGCUCAUCACCACGGAGCGCGCCAAGAUGGAGCGGGCCCUGGCCGAGGCCAAGCGGCAGGCCUCCGAGGACGCGCUGACGGUGGUCAACCAGCAGGAGGACUCCAGCGAGAGCUGCUGGAACUGUGGGCGGAAGGCCAGCGAGACGUGCAGCGGCUGCAAUGCAGCGCGCUACUGCGGGUCCUUCUGCCAGCAUCGGGACUGGGAGAAGCACCACCACGUGUGCGGUCAGAGUCUGCAGGGCCCUGCGGCCGUGGUGGCCGACCCGGUGCCCGGACCGCCUGACACCGCCAACGGCCUGGGCCCCUCCCUGUCCAUGGGUGCUGCCAGCCCCAGUGAAGCCAGCUCUGCGGGGCCUUCUCGACCCGGCUCCCCCAGCCUGCCUGGCCCGCUGGACUCCGUGCCCCGCUGACCCGACUGGACCCCGACCUGCUGGACACGGUACCCUGCCAACACCACCCAGCUCUGGGCCCUCCAGAUGCCCGGCCCGCCAGAUGCUGCGCCCUGCCCGCCCCAGGGAGCCGACCAAUUAGAGUCAGUGCUGCUACCACGCCUCUCCAAAAGAAGACAGAACCAACAGAACCGCAUUCAGUGCACCUGCCUCAGCUACCUGAUGAUUCCACGCACAGACCUCCUGGCAGCCUCUCUCCUCAAGCAUCCUCAGAAGCCUCAAUGAGCUUUAGAUGGCAGAGUGGUGCCACAGGAGCGAUGGCCCUGCCUGCCUGUCUCUUUCUCUUCCUCUCCCCGCACCGUCUUCUCUAUCCUCUGCCCUCUCUCUCUGUGACUAUCACACACUUUCUCUUCAAUGACAAAUUCUAAUUGGUGGCUUACAGUUUCAGCAAAGCAUUUUGGGGGGGUUUGUUUGUUGGCAAAAGAGCUAGUCAGAAAUGGACAAAGAAAACUAUGGGGGUUCUCCCUCUCCUCAUUGAAAAGGGAGAAAGAAAACUGUGAUUUUUAUAGCGAGCCGGCUGGGCCCCUCCCCCAGGGGCCUGAGGCAGAUCCUGGAAGACGGAAGGAAGGAUUUCAGUUUCUGACUCAAGGAGCGUUACUGGUUUCAGAUUUUUUUUUCCGUGUAAUGUUAAACUCUUUGGCUUUAAGUAAAAAUCCAAAAAGUUUUUUAUAAAAGCAAAGGAAGCAUACUUGUGAACUACCUUGCCAGCUAGCCAGCCAAGGACACCGGACACACCUCUGCUCCAAAGGAGACCCAAAAACGUGAACACAAGAAAUCAAAAUCCAAACUCUGUCUGUAGCUGCCAGAGUACUUCCACUGUCUCCCUUGCUCUUGGGUUUGCCUGGAUGUGGGUCUUUUCUGUUUCGGGUUGGUUUGUGGGGUGUCGGGGUAUUGGGAUGUGGAGGGUUUGCGCCCAGUGAGAAGCGACUUCUGUUUCCUUCCGAGUAGGCGUCGGUACGUCCGCCGCGGGUGCACAAUCCGUGCGUGGGCGCUGCGGCCAGUGUCUCCGGGCAUGUCGGGAAGGACACGCUGUUUGUCCUCAUGCCCCCUGUGACUUUUCAUAUUUCCUUUUUCCACUUGUGAAAAAAAAGUGCUAACAUUUUCUUCCCAGAGAGAGCAUAAUUCUGAAACAAAACUGUGACAGUCCCUUGGGUUGUUGACUGCUUUUCCGGCAUGCGGAGACAGCAGGGCUCCCGAAGACGCCUCUUCUCGGCCAGCCCUUCCUCCUCUACCUCUCCUCUCCGCGCCUCCGCCGUGUCCCGGCCCCAUCGCCCCAACCCAUGUCUCUCUGCAGCUACUCCCCUUUCUUCCAAACUUUUGCAGAAAAACAAAACAAAAAAACUACAAACAAAAGCAGCCCUCCGCCUCCUCCCAGGAUAGACCCUGACUGUGGACACAGCCCUGGCGCUCCUGCCAGCCGCCCCUCAGAUGCAUCCGCCUCGGCCCUGGGAUGCGUCUCGGUGCCGUUUCUGUCAGACUCUCUCCCUCCCACACGCCAGCCCUGCCCACCCUCCCGCCUCUCCUCUCAUCUCCCCCAGCAAUUUCAAGGAGUAAGUAUAGGGAUAAGGAAAUUCACACUUGCACCGAGUACAAGGACAGACAGCAGGCGCGGCCCACGGCCUGGAGUCUCUGCGCGUGUCUCUAAGCAGUUCCAGGAACUCAGUGCAAUACGGGAGUGACCCAGCUACUGAACGGGGUGCGGAUGGCCCGAGAGGCCCGAAGCCGAGGGUGUAUGUAUAUAGUGAAUGUAUAUAGUCUUUGCAGAGGUCCAAAUGAUAUUCAUGAUGAAAAUACAGAAGAGAUGUUUGCCAAAUAAAGAGAAACUGGGAGUUUGCAAA